AUGGGUGCCGCCGCCGCAAGGCCGACCAAGUUUGCCAGCAGCGCACGCAUAUCUGCUGUUGAAGGGCGCUGGGCGGGCCUUGCGGGCCGGCGCCGCUGCUCGAAUGUAGGCUCCAUCCGUCGGCGCCGCCGCAGGGCCUUGGGCGCCUUCAUUCGCGCCGACCUGUUCCCGCGCGCGGCGGCCGCCUUCCGCAAGUUCUUGCUGCGCGUGGCGACGCCGGACGCGGCCGAGGCAGUCACGGGCGGCCAGAGCUACUCCCUUGCGGCGGAGGACGUGCUGUUUGACUACUUCGUGGCAUUCUGCCGCCACAGCUACCCCGCGCAGCUGGCCGCCUACGAGAAGGCCGCGGCCACGAUGGACAUGCGCGCCCCUCACAGCUGGUACCCGUACGCGCGCUCCAUCCACCGGAAAAUCAUCUAUCACGGAGGCCCCACCAACAGCGGCAAGACCUACCAGGCGCUGCAGGCGCUGGCGUCGGCGAAGCGGGGGGUGUACUGCGGGCCGCUCAGGCUGCUUGCCAUGGAGGUGUACGAGCAGCUCAACGCCGACGGGGUGCGCUGCGACAUGGUCACGGGCCAGGAGGUGCUGCGAGUGCCGGGGUCUGGCCACGUCGCGUGCACCGUGGAGAUGGUCAGCCUCAACACGCACGCGGACGUCGCCGUCGUCGACGAGAUCCAGAUGAUCGGCGACUCUGCGCGGGGCUUUGCGUGGACGCGCGCCGUGCUGGGCCUGCCCGCCAACGAGAUCCACGUGUGCGGGGACCUGUCUGCCGUCGGCCUCAUCAGGCAGCUGGCUGCCGUGUGUGACGACGAGUUCGAGCUGAGGACGUAUGACCGCAUGACGCCGCUGGCGGUGGACGAGGGCUGCCUGCCCCAGGGCUGGGCUGACGUGCAGCCGGGCGACUGCAUCGUGGCCUUCAGCCGGCAGCAGCUCUACCAUAUCAAGAGGGAGGUUGAGCAGAGCAGCGACCAGAAGGCGUGCCUGGUGUACGGUGCGCUGCCCGCGGAGACGCGGCGCGCGCAGGCCCGGCUGUUCAACGACCCGGAGGGAGAUCACAAGGUGUGA